CAUUUCGAGUGAUUUUUGUGUGUGGAAAGUUGGCGGUAAAGGGGGUAAAACCAGGUCUAAUAUGUAUAUAGCAUUUUCAUUAGUGUGUAUUGUGAACUUUAAUUGAUAUGACUUGAAAUUGUGGAAAUAAAAUAAUGGCGAAUACCAGAAAAAGCCGAGAAGAAGGAAGAGGAGGAGAAUUAGACGAGGAAGAAGACAUUAUUGACAUGAUUGACGAACGAUUGACAGAAGGAGAUGAAGAAGAAGCGGAGAUGUCAGUAUCUGUGAAGACGAAAUGGGCGAUCUUUCUCCUUCUCAUCGUAUUGGUUUACCUGUUUGCCGGAGCGUUGGUUUUCCGCGCCCUCGAGCGUCCCGCCGCCGUGCAGAGCUCCCAGAACUUUCACGAUGCCCUCAGACGACUAUCAUCCGAGAACGAAUGCGUGGAGGAGGAGGAUAUUGCCGAGUUGAUGAGGAUCGUGACGACGGCUAUCGGAGAAGGAGGCUACUCUAGUGGUCACCCUUACGCCUCCCAACUGUCCACGGGAACUGUCAAUGAAUCCUUCUACGCCAAUAUUUGGGGUGUUGGUUACACUUUUAUCUUUGCAGCCUCAGUAGUGACUACAAUGGGAUUUGGGUACACUGCUCCACGCACAGUUCCCGGCGAGGCCUUCUGCAUCUUCUACGCUGUGGCAGGCAUCUUCAUGACUGGCGGGAUCGUCCUCUCUGUUGGCCAACUCCUCAGGGAACUCUGCUUCACCAGGAUGACUACCUGGCUGCAGAAGUGCCUGAAGUGCUGUCCAAAAGCCGGAGUGGUCCUCGUCCACAUGUCCUUGGUGUUCCCACUUGCCAUUCUGAUGCUCCUCCCGUCCACUUUUAUCUAUUUCUACACCCAGCCAGGAUGGAGCUUCAUCGACAGUUUCUACUAUGUAGUUCAAAUCACAACCACCAUUGGAUUCGGGGACCUGGAACCAGCCUUCGUAGGAAUCCAUAUCAUUCCUCUUUCUGUUAUAAGGUUUUUUCUGUUCGCCUACCUAUUUGUCUGUCUCGGAGUUGUCACUUUGUUCCUGGACGGUUUCAGAGACACUCAGAAACAUGGUUUCACGUUCAUCUCGUCUCGUCUUUCGCGAUACUCGAACAAGAAUUCGAGAAAAUCCAAGGUGACAUCCGAAAGCUGACGAAAGCCGAACUCCGAAUAUUAGCGCCAAAACCGAAGAAGGAAUCACCCAACAACUCUUGGUCGAGUUUCUGUGAAGUUUAAUGAUUGUAAAAAUAGCAGAAAAAAGUAAUAAAAAAUAUUGGUGAACGUUAGAGGAACAUCCAUUAAAGAUUAAGAAAGUUAUCAGAAUUUCAAGUUUUUGAUUUGUGACAUCAUAAACGAGCGUAAACGAGCAUAAGAGCAUAAAUUUCAUUUUUUAAUGAUUCGCGAUGAGUUAUUUUUUAAACUUUCUUUUUAGGAGCGGUUGUGAAAUAAUUUGUGUAUUGAUAUACUGAAGAUACAAUAAAAAACAUUUUCAAUUUUUCUAAGAAAAUGACAUUUCAUUGAUUUUUAAAUGUGUCUAGUCAGGAACCUUAAUUAGACCACUAGGCCACGGCACCUCCACUUGCGAAGCAAUUAAGGAAUAUUUGCAUUUAUAUGGAGACACUUUCUACAACGCAUCGAUUCCUAGUUUGAAAAUGCAAUUAAAAUCACAAUGGAGAUAAGAGCUGAGACGCUUUUGCUUUAAGUUGGUUACACUAGUAACACUGGGACAGAGUCCAGAGAUUUCAAUGCUGUACCAGUUCAACAACUUUAAACAAAAGCCUCUUGGCUCUCCAUUGUGACUUCACUUACAUUUUCAAGGAAUUGGUGCAACGUUGUAGAGAGUGUCUCCGUAGUAAAUGCGAAAAGACGGGGUUGAUACUAAAAACAACGGAAACAAAUUAUCGAUCAGAGUCAGUUUUUAAAUUUUUAUCUUGGUACGUUAUACAUGACAUUCAAAUCAACUCCAAAGUGCGUUUGGAUGUAAAAUUGAAGAAUAAUUUUUGUUUGACUCUGUGUGUCGACCCGGGGGUGUCGACAUCCGUGAAGUUCCCACCCUUGAAAUUCAAUUUUAAUUUCAACUGCAAUUUCAUCGUUAGAACUUUAAAACUUGCUUUAACGUCCAUUUUUAACAAGAUCGGAUGACGAACAUGUAUUCAUAUUUUGCCAUUUCUUCAUCAGUCCGAAUUAUUUUAGUGUUUGGCUGUUUUGAAUUGGAUAAUAUUCAACACAAAAUUGAAGUGAAAAUUGUUAAUGUUUAAAAAAAAAAGAACAUUCGGAAAAGGAUAUUGGUGGCUAAUUUGUCAUUUGUUAGGUAGACCUCAUGUAACGUGCCACACGACCUAAAAAAAUUAUGUGGACGACAGAUUGAUCAUUUUAAAGUUUUCGCAACCACUACGCAGACGCUAUCUGGUACGGAGAGAAUCUAUUGUCAAAAGCCCUUCAUGACAAAGCAGUCUUUGUCGAAAAUCGGUCAAUAAAAACAGCAGUGUCAUCCUGGACACUGGACAAACAAAAUAUUUGCAAGUUUUCGUCAGCUCAGAAUUUCACGACGAUUAGCUGUCCCGGUUUACCAAUUUUUGACAAGACCUCUCAGCUGUCACUGUGAUUUGACGGGCAUUUCCAAUAGAUUUACUAUAUUGUAUAAUCCGCGUCCCCGUAGGAAGUUUGAUAUUUACUAUUGAACAAAUUAAUUCGCGGUUUCUGUUAGUGGACAAUGAAAAGGAUUUAUCAUUAAUGGAAAUAUGAUUUGGGCGGCAAGUCUCUUAAUUAUCACAAUUUUUAAGGCGUUGACCAGUUUGUCAUAAACCGCUGAAAUGACACACCAACUUGCAACACACACACUUACACCUCCGUCACAGACACUAGCUCUCACGAACACCCCCACACACUUAUUUUCCCAACACACACACACGCGCGCCCACACAUCUCCAAAAACCAAACCACAUCCACACAUGGUUUAAAGGUCAAGUCCACCUUAUUAAAUUGUUGAUUUGAAUCAAAAGAGAAAAAUCAGACAAGCAUAAUGCUGAAAAUUUCAUCAAAAUCGGAUGUAAAAUAAGAGAGUUCAGUUAUGACAUUUUAAACUCUUGCUUAUUUUUCACAAAAAAGGUUAAAUGCACAAUUUAGUCACAUGCAAAUGAGAGAAUCGAUGAUGUCCCUCACUCACUAUUUCUUUUGUUUUUUAUUGUUUGAAUUAUACAAUAUUUCCUUUUUUUACAGAAUUGACAAUAACGACAAACUCGAUUGAACCACAUAAUGUUAAACAAUGGUAAUUCCACAUGUUCAGUGAGAAAUAAAACUAAGUUUCGCAGGACGAUGAGGAGAAAAUUAGAAUAUUUCUUAUAAUGAAAUACAAAAUAAAAGGUGAGUGAUGUCAUCAGUUCCCUCAUUUGCAUACCAACCGAGAUGUGCAGAUAACUAUUAUGCGAAAUUAAGCAAAACUUUAAAAUGUCUUAACUUUCUUAUUUUACAUCCGAUUUUGAUGAAAUUUUCAGUGUUAUGCUCGUUGGAUUUUUCUCUUUUUAUUCAAAUCAACUUUUUGUUGGGGGUGGACUUGUCCUUUAACAAUGGACCUAGUAGGUCCAUGGUUUCACACAUUCACGUACCAUCCAUUGCAGACCUUAUCACCUACUCGCACACACAAACACCAAAACGCACCCACAACCGCGCGCGCGCGCACACACCCACACACUCAGACACCAUACCAAAGCACUACACUAGUAGUGUCCCUUUACACUGAUACACCAAGUGAUACACACUCGCACAACUGCACAGGUGACACAUUAAUAUAUCAGAGGGCAUAGGGUUAAAGUAAGGAUAGUUAGAGUUUUUUAUUCAAAAUCUAAUAAAGAUAAGGAUUAGGGUUUAUUUAGUUUUGGAGCAUCGGAGCAAUUGUCACCGGAGCAAAAUAUGUCAUGGAACCCAUGUACAACCACGACCAUUAAUCCUUCAUCUGUUUAGCCGUGAAAACAAUAGUACCGAUAAAAAAUAUCCACAUGGAUUGCAGAAGCCUGAAUAUACUUUGAGACUAGUCUGGUCUAAACGAUCAAGGCCUCCACCAUGAAACAUUGUCAGUUCAUAUAUGCAUGCGCCUGUAUCUCAUCAUCAUUAUUACAAAUAUCACUAGCUAAGUAGUUUUUCUUUUUCUUAUUGGCGGUAGCCUGGUACGCUGCUCUACCUGCAAAUAGAUUUUACUUAUCGUAUAAUUAGGGUGCUAUCAAACAUAGCGGUAUUCUAAGGGUACAUGGUUCACCCCAGCAAAAGUUCAUUUAAAAGAAAAGAAAGAUAUACAAUAACGUUGAAAGUUUCAUCAAAGUCGCAUGUAAAAACAGGAGAAAAGUUAUAAGGUUUAAUUAUGCAUAACCUGAACAGAAUGUAAAUGAAAGAGCCGCUGACGUCAUCCACUCACUAUUCUCUGUCUAUUUUAUCGUUCAAAUAUCUUGAUUUUGUCCUCAAUUAUUAUUUCAAACAGGGUUUGAUUCCUAUUUGAAAAUGUGGGAUUGCCAUCGGUUUAGCUUAGACCUGAAAGCACCAUUUUAUUCUCUGUAUGUAUAGAUUUUAAAAUAACGAUUUUGGCAACCUAAAAUCUUGCCAGAAGUUUUCCAGACGUAGCAACACGAUUGUAUUCAAGCUGAAGUAUCGCAGUUGAUUUACUACCAACUGGUAGGACAGACUUUGCGAGAUAUCACAUUUCCGUUGGAAUUCCAAUUGUUAUACAAUGAAGAUUGCUUUGGUAACCUAAACUAUUGCAGAGAUUUCCCAGACAAAGCAACACAUACUGUAUUAACAAGAUGGAUUUCGAGCAUGGUAGUUGAUUAUAUCGACAGGCAAUAUAAUUUUUCUUGCGAAAUGUCUAAAAUACCGUUACUUUCUCAGUAAAAAUCACUUUUCUUUCUUCCAUUUUUUCUCUUUUCUUAUAGAAAACAAGAAUCCUAUUCUUCUGCGAUGUAUGGAAGAAAUUUUAUUAAUAAAAUGAUCUCGAAAUAUUUUUUUGCUUCAUGAUCAAAUCACAUU